AUGGUAUGGAUGGUUGCCAACGAGGCUUCUAUGUUCCAUGGGUCACUGGUGGCAGCAGUGCACAGCUGCCUGAGCAGUGCGGACCUCGAGGAGAUGGAGAUGGAGGAGGGGCGGCGGAAGCUAAAGUUGCAGCUGCGUCGCAACUCGCGGACCUACCGGCAGGCACUGAACUUUCCGGACAUGCGUCGCGGUCAUCAUUCUCUGAAGUUGACGGUGCCCGAAGAGUUCAACCUAAGUGUCAGCAGUCGCUCGCUGCAAGAAGGCGAUCGUGAUUCCCUCUCACGCACUUUGCCUCCGGGUGCUGGAAGCCAACGAGGCACGGCCGCAAUGACGGAUUCUGCUGACAAGGGAAGACCCUGGCCGAAGUCUUUGCGUCCGAAGGGGUCUUCUCAAGUUUGGGCACCCGCCCUAACGGUCCCUGUGGCUCCCCAGCUUUGCACCCCGAAGCGGCACCGCAGCUCCUCCGGAUCCCGGCGGGGCGGCGAUGCGCGAAGCAUGUCCUGCGAGCGCCUUCCGCGUCGGGAACAACAGGCCGUCGAGCGCCACCUGCAGAGAUCCAAAUCCCUUCACGCCUCUGCCGCCGUUGACCGCAAGGCACUUGAGCUGAGCGACGAGGACAAGCGCUGGAUCGAGGCCGCAAGCACUGCAGAGGUGCGGGCAGUGAGGGCCAGGAAAGCCAUGCAGCGGCGGCAGGAGGAGGCUUACAAGAAGGAAAGAGAGCGCCUCUUCGUCUUCGGGGCAGUUUCCACCCGCUGCCUCUGA